AUGAACAGCCAGAGCCCGGAACAGAUCGCGGAACACAUACGUCUAAUCAAAAUGUUCUCGUUGUCAUCCUUUGUGGUUUUGAUAUAUGACGUUCUUUUGACCUUUGCGGAUGAGGUUGAAUACAUCUGGAAUAUGGAGCGACGCAAGCAUUCGUGGAUGGUUCAAAUACUUUGGUGUGUGAACCGAUACCUUUGGCCACUGGCAUUCAUUGUUAUCAUCGUCACUCAAAGCGAUCCUUACUGGAGUGAGAACGCUUGCCAACGCUACGUGUGGUAUCCACAAAUAAUUCGCCUGCUUGUUACCAUCGCGGUUGGAGUUUACUUCAUCUUAUACCUUAAGGCGGUCCACUUUGGCAACAAAAUUGCGACCACUGUUUCGAGCUUAUUACUCAUUGCAGAAGUUGCGGUGAAGAUUUGGGCUUCUUUGGACAUCGAAGGUGUUCGAUUCCCACACUUCGGAGGGUGUUUCAUGACAUCGAAAAGCCCUCCGAAUCGUCGAUUCGUCUACGGAUAUGUUGCUGAGCUUGUAUUCGAUUCGAUUAUGCUCGCUGCAACGGCGUACCGCUGUUAUCACAUGGGUAUCAAAACCUCAACGCAUAUUCGUGUGAUUUGGGAAGAAAGUAUAUCGUACCUUCCCAUCAUAUUCGUGGUCCAUUUAGCUAACGUUUUGAUAUACACCUAUGCUCCGUUUCACCUCAAGAACAUAAUGACGAGCUAUUCAACACUAGGCUGUAGCGUCGUGGUCUCGCAUAUGGUACUCAAUACUCGCAAGAAAUUGAACCAAUGUGCUUUCUCUUCCUCUGAGGCUCCCCGUGGCAGCUUCGAGACGACGGUCACGAUACAAUUUGCUCAGAAUACGUCGAAGAAAGAAAGCAUGUUUUCAUCGACUAACGACGUUUCGUUUAUCAACAAAGAAUACGUUUCCUCCACGGCGUGCGGAGGUGAGACGGCGUUCUCGGAGAAAGAGAGCAUGUUUUCAUCGACCUUCGACGCUUCUUUUAUCAACAAGGGAUACGUUUCCUCAGCGGCGUGCGGAAGUGAGGUGUCGUUCUCGGAGAAAGGGAGCAUGUUUUCAUCGACUAUCGACGCUUCUUUUAUCAACAAAGAAUACAUUUCCUCAGCGGCGUGCGGAAGUGAGACGGUGUUCUCCUGUGAGAGUAAGGAUUCCGGAACUCUCGUCUGA